AAACUUUGUAUGUUCAAGCUCUGAUUCAAGUAGGGGAAGAUUAGUCGGUAACAUUGUAUUAUACUAUUAUGUAAAAUACAUUUUUAUCCUGUUACUGGCACAAAAUUUAUUUACAACGAUGAACACAUAUAUUUGAUGAUUCAUAUUUUAAUUAUGUUCUAUGUACCGGAAUAUAUUGAUUCAUAAUACAUAUAUCAAAAUUUAUAACAGGUUUCUUAUAUACCAAAAGACAAGAGUGUUACUUAAAAAAAUUGAACUUGACAUUGGCUCUACUCUCUUCCAUUUUAUUAGUGCUAUUUACGAAGGACCUGGAUUUCUUCCAUUAAAAUGGAUGCCGGGGAAAGUGACAGACACCCAAUAUUUACAAUAUUGUUCAGUUUGCGAAGGGUACAAAGCACCAAGAUCUCAUCAUUGUAGAAAGUGUGGUCGUUGUGUUAUGAAAAUGGAUCACCAUUGUCCAUGGAUAAAUAAUUGUGUAGGACAUUACAAUCAUUGUCAUUUUACAGCAUUUUUAGCAAGUGCAGUUGGUGGGUGUUGUGUUUCCACAUUUACGCUAGUUUCUUGGGUGAUGACUGUAUUAUCAUUGAAACCAUUAUCAUUUCCACCACCUUCUAUAUUUAUUCUGAUAUUAGUUAUCUUCAGUAUUGGCUUGUCAAUUGGUGUUAUUCUUGCUGUUGGAACAUUGCUUUAUUUUCAACUACUAUCUAUAAUAAAAAAUAGAACAGAAAUAGAAGCUUGGAUUUCAGAGAAGGCUCAUUAUCGAAGAUUUGGAACUAGAGACAAAUUUGUUUAUCCAUACUCAAAAGGAUGGCGCUUUAAUCUACGGCAAGUUCUUACAUGGGAUUGUACACCGGUAGGUGAUGGAAUUCAUUGGCCUGUUGUCGAAGGUUGUGACCAGUAUACUUUAACGCGGGAACAAUUAGCUCAGAAAAAAGAUAAACGAAAGAGAGCUAAGACUUAUAGAGUUAUAGAAGAAGCAUAUGGAUCGCGUUUACCAUUAACACAUGGUUGGGGUGUACUUUGUCAUCCACCUUGCACUGAUGAACCCCGUAUUAAGCUCAAAGUUGGAGAUAUCGUAAUCGUAACGCGGUGGAGAAAAUACUGGUUAUUUGGAGAGAAGAAGCAAAACGAGGAGAACGAGAAGCAAGUACGAACUCGUGGUUGGUUCCCACGGCCUUGUGCCAUUGAAGUGAUUGAGAACGAAGCAUAUUCCUCCGCCUUAACAAAAUCAGAUUAAAACAUUCCUUCUUUGUGUAGAGAUUUUAUAGAGCAUUUACGAAUGUACCAUUGAACAAACGGGAAUAUUUUUAUCUAGUGUCUUGUAUGUAAGUGUUUACAAUGGAUGAGUGUCUUUAAAAAUUGUAAUGAUUUAAUAUGGAAGAAAUUUUCUUUAGAACAACUAACAUUUGAAGUACCAGUUACUAUAUUUAUUACAUAAGCGAAGAGAUUAAAUUAUGUUUAAAGUAAUUUGCACAAAGCAAGAUUUCAUUGUACUUUUUCAUUUCUUUUUUUUCCUUUUAUAUAAAUAUAUUUGUGAUAACGUGUAUUUAAAAUAUAUGUAGAAUGUAAAAUUUUAUUAUAUUUUUGUAUAUGAAGGUUUAGUAACGGGAACUGUGUUUAAUAUACAACUACGUGUGAAUAUUUUGCUAUCGGUAUUGCUGUUGUAAAUAACACUUUCGUUAUUUGUGCAACAGUGACUUAUCCAUUUAUCGAGUGGCAUUUUUUAAUUCAUCUGGUACA